AUGGAGACUACCAUGUUUUAUGCAACUACCCUGUUGAAGUAUAGCAUUACUAGUGAUGAUGAAAACAAAGUGUGUAGCUUAGCUAUUGUGUUUUCACGAUUCAAACAUGACAUUCUUCACAAAAACAUUCUGCGGACCCAAACAUUCAUUGCGGCCUGCGAAGCUGCCAUUGCCGAGGGCCAUCGCAGCCGUCGUUGUUUUACGAAACAAGGCUGGGCCCGAAUCUCCAUGCUGUUCAACUCAGCCACUGGGCACAAUUGGACAAAGCAACAACUAUGCAACCAUUGGGACGUCAUGCGUCGAACAUAUCGACGUCUCUCCAAUCUGUUAAUGGGUAGUGGAGUCGAGUACAACGCAUCCAUCGAUCGAGUCAUCACAUCAGAGGAAUGGUGGAACAGAAAGAUAAGGGAGAAUAAAGACUACAAGGAGUUCAAAGACAAGGACAUGAGCGAGAUAUACAUACACUAUCGUCCACUUUUCGACGACAGUUACGAUGGGGAGAAGUACGCGGUCACGCCGACUAAGUUGUGCCGAACGGGGUUCGGGCUGUUUGAGGACAGUGCGCUCGAAGACAAUCAGGAUGCAAUCCUCGUCGACGAGGAAAGUAGUGGUUCAAGUGAUGAGGCUGAGCAAUGCUUGGUGGAUCCCGCAUAA